GAUGAGUAUACUCACUUUUCACACCAAAACCACUCACCCUAAGCAAAUCAAACAUGGAAAGGAAGGUACCACUAGAAUCUCCCACCUAUCAAAACCUUAUGAAUUUAUCAAAGGGGCCACCAAAUAUCAUGUACUAGUACAUAUCCCCUCCCUCUCUCUCUCUCUCUCUCCUCAACAAAUGUUUCUGUCUUCACACUCCAAAUGAGCAUCUCAUCACCACUACUACCUCCUACUCUUGGCCCCUCUCUCCUAUUCCCAUUUAUGUUUUCUUCUUUUCCAUUUCAACAACCUACUCUUUCCUUCACUCUCCACUUUUAAAAAUAUCAUUUUUUUUCUUCCUUUUUCUCUAAAAUAAAACAUUAUUAUUACUCAAUGAACUCUCCAACACUUAUUUAACCUUCUUAUUCCAAAUUCUAAACUUUACUAAAAUCAUAAACUUAUCAUACCAUAUAAUUCAUUCAUGAUGAACAAAUUGGUGGUGGAAGUUCAUGAUGCUAGUGACCUCAUGCCAAAAGAUGGAACAGGUUCAUCUAACCCUUUUGUUCAAAUAACCUUUGAUGAACAAGAAGUGAAGACACAAACCAAAUACAAAGACCUCAAUCCUUAUUUUAAUGAAAAGUUUGUUUUCAACAUAAACACUUCAAGAGAUCUUGCUCAUAAAACAGUUGAAGUUUCUGUUUACAAUCACAAUGAGGAAAAACCAAGUAGUAAAAAAAACUUUCUUGGAAGGGUUAGAAUCUCAGGUAAUUCUAUUCCUUUAUCUGAAUCUGAAUCUAUUAUCAAACGAUACCCUCUUGAACAUUCAAAAGGAGAUAUUGCUUUAAAAAUGAUUGCUUUUCAUGACCCUUUUGCUAAUACACCUCCUUCUCCUAAACCUCACCCUCCUCCACAACAUUCACAAACAAAAUCUAGUUCUUUUUUUGAAGAACAUGAUUCUGACCAUGAUGAUGAAAUCCCUUUGCAAGAAAUAAACACUAACAUAAACAUGGAAGAUGAAGAAAUGUUUAGUGAUAGUGAGAAAAAGAAGAAGAAUAAGAAGAAAAAAGAAAAAGAAGUUAGAACUUUUCAUUCCAUUGGAACUGAGAAACCUUCUCAUGGUCAUGGUCAUGGUCAUAGUCAUGGUCAUGGUCAUGGUCAUGCUCAUGCUCAUGCUCCUGCUUCUGCUUUUCCUCCUGUUCAUCAAGCUCCAAAGUUUCAAUCUUUUGUGCAACCAGAAACUCAAACAAGAGUUGAUUUUGCAAAAUCAGGGCCACCAAAUGUUAUGUUAAUGCAGAUCCCAAAACAGAAUCCAGAAUAUGCAUUGACUGAAACAGCUCCACCACUUGCAGCUAGGUUGAGGUAUAAAGGAGGGAAUAAGGUAUCAACAACUUAUGAUUUAGUUGAACAAAUGCAUUUUUUGUAUGUGAAUGUUGUGAAAGCAAAAGAACUACCUGUGAUGGAUAUCUCAGGUAGUCUUGAUCCUUAUGUUGAAGUGAAACUUGGUAACUACAAAGGUGUUACAAAGCAUUUGGAGAAGAAUCAGCAUCCUGUUUGGAAGCAAAUCUUCGCCUUUUCAAAGGAUAGGUUGCAAUCAAAUUUACUUGAAGUUACUGUGAAGGAUAAAGAUCUUAUCAGUAAAGAUGAUUUUGUUGGUAGGAUUAUGUUUGAUCUCAAUGAGGUGCCGGUUAGGGUUCCGCCCGAUAGUCCUUUGGCUCCUCAGUGGUAUAGAUUGGAAGAUAAAAAGGGGAUGAAGAUAGAGGAUGGUGAAAUCAUGCUUGCUGUUUGGAUGGGAACACAAGCUGAUGAGUCUUUUCCUGAGGCAUGGCAUUCUGAUGCUCAUAAUGUUAGUCACUCAAACCUCUCGAAUACACGGUCAAAGGUGUAUUUUACGCCUAAGCUUUAUUAUCUUAGAGUUGAAGUUAUUGAAGCUCAAGAUUUGGUUCCUCAUGAUAAAGGAAGAGUUCCACAAGCUUCUGUUAGAGUUCAGCUAGGAAAUCAGAUGAGAUUCACAGGGCCUUCUCAAAUGAGAGGUAUUAACCCUAUUUGGAAUGAGGAGCUUAUGUUUGUGGCAGCAGAACCUUUUGAGGAUUUUAUAAUUGUGACAGUUGAGGACAAAUUUGGUCCUACCAAUGUUGAAAUCUUGGGAAGGGAGAUUAUGUCAGUCAGAAAUGUUCCACAAAGGAUGGAGACUGGAAAGCUACCGGAUUCUCGUUGGUUCAAUCUUCAUAGGCCUAGUGCAGUCGGCGAGGAAGAAACAGAGAGAAAGAAGGAGAAAUUUUCGAGUAAGAUUCAUCUCCGAAUUUGUCUUGAGGCGGGGUAUCAUGUUCUUGAUGAGUCCACGCAUUUCAGCAGCGAUCUUCAACCAUCUUCGAAACACUUGAGGAAGAAAAACAUUGGUUAUCUUGAAGUUGGGAUACUUAGUGCGCGGAAUUUGCUACCUAUGAAGGGAAAAGAUGGUAGGACUACUGAUGCAUACUGUGUGGCCAAAUAUGGCAACAAAUGGGUUAGAACAAGAACUCUGCUUGACACACUGUCCCCUAGAUGGAAUGAGCAGUAUACAUGGGAGGUUCAUGAUCCAUGCACUGUGAUCACAGUUGGUGUUUUCGACAAUCACCACCUCAAUGGUAGCAGUGACCACAAAGAUCAGAGAAUUGGAAAGGUAAGAAUUAGGUUAUCAACUCUUGAAACUGAUAGAGUAUAUACUCAUUUUUAUCCUCUAUUGGUUCUACAACCUAAUGGCCUGAAGAAGAAUGGAGAGCUUCAUCUGGCUGUGAGGUUUACUUGCACAGCUUGGGUUAAUAUGGUAGCUCAAUAUAGUAGACCUUUGCUUCCAAAAAUGCAUUAUGUUCAACCGAUACCUGUUAGGCACAUUGAUUGGCUCCGCUAUCAGGCCAUGCAAAUUGUGGCAGCAAGGCUAGCAAGAGCUGAGCCACCGCUUCGACGUGAAUCAGUCGAGUACAUGCUUGAUGUGGAUUACCAUAUGUGGAGUCUAAGGAGAAGCAAAGCAAACUUCCAUCGCAUAAUGUCGCUACUCUCGGGUUUUACAGCUGUGUGUAAAUGGCUUAAUGACAUUUGCACUUGGAGAAACCCAAUUACAACUUGUCUUGUUCAUGUCUUGUUAAUUAUACUUGUUUGCUACCCUGAGUUGAUGUUGCCAACCAUUUUUCUUUACUUGUUUGUGAUUGGUAUUUGGAAUUACCGGUUCCGACCAAGGAAUCCACCUCACAUGGAUGCUAGGCUUUCACAAGCAGAAGUUUGUCAUCCAGAUGAAUUGGAUGAGGAAUUUGACACUUUUCCAACUACAAGACCUUCAGAUAUUGUGAGAAUGAGGUAUGACAGAUUGAGAAGUGUUGCAGGUAGAGUACAAACUGUGGUUGGAGAUUUAGCUACUCAAGGAGAAAGAGCUCAAGCUCUACUAAGUUGGAGAGACUCAAGAGCUACAGCUAUUUUCAUCAUCUUCUCGCUGAUCUGGGCUGUAUUCAUUUACAUUACUCCAUUCCAAGUAAUAGCAAUUAUAGUUGGACUCUUCAUGCUUCGUCAUCCUCGGUUUCGGAGCAAGAUGCCAUCAGUACCAGUUAAUUUCUUCAAGAGACUGCCUUCGAAAUCAGAUGCAAUGUUUUGAUACUCAGCUUGUAUUCUAUCUUUUUUCACCUGUUGUGGAAUUAUUAUUGUUCACAAAUAAAUACUUAUGAAUAAUCAGACUUGCACCAUUACACCCAAAUUAAAUAGGGUAUAGGUAAAAUGUGCAUAGUUCACUUCCAUUUUCAUUAUAUGUAUAUCCCAAAUUCUCAGUUUCAGCUAUCAAAAUAAACAUUCCUUCAUCCUUGUAA